GUGGGUUGCAGUCCUUGCUCUGUCCCGGCCACAUUCUCCGGCCCCAUCGGCUCUGGGCUGAAGCCACUGUCCUGGGCCGGAGGCGGCGGCCUGGCCGAGUGGCGGGACGGCCGGUCGCUAGGUCGUGGAGCGCUCGGGUGCUGGACCGGUCCUGGGCUGCUUUCCACUGCCCAGCAGACACAGCGAGGGCGGUGCCCGUCGCGGCCACACUCCCGAAGAGCCCCACUGGCUCCCGCCUCCUGGGUAUCGCGAAAGCUCCGGACUCCUGGGGGGGCGCAAACGCUGCAGAGCUGGAAAAAGUCUUCAAUUUCCCGAAGAGUAGAAGCACCCACCUUCUUUGGAUCUAGGUGGAGAAAGAGGAGCUGACCUUUGCCCUGUCCUGGGAAGCCCAGCCUUAGCUGAAUGGCAGCACCUCCACUGGGCCGUCUGGUGCUGACCCACCUGUUGGUAGCCCUCUUCGGCAUGGGCUCCUGGGCUUCCAUUAAUGGGAUCUGGGUUGAGCUACCAGUGGUGGUAAAAGACCUUCCUGAGGGUUGGAGCCUCCCCUCAUACCUCUCUGUGCUUGUGGCGCUGGGGAACCUGAGUCUGCUGGUGGUGACACUGUGGAGACGGCUGGCCCUGGGCAAAGGCGAGCAAGUCCCCAUCCAGGUGGUGCAGGCAUUGAAUGUGGUGGGCACAGCCCUGCUGGCCCCACUGUGGCAGCAGGUGGCACCUGUGGGAGGGCAGUAUCACUCUGUGGCCUUCCUGACGCUGGCCUUUGUGCUGGCACUGGCCUGCUGUGCCUCUAAUGUCACUUUCCUGCCCUUCCUGAGCCGCUUGCCGCCUCCCUUUCUACGGUCCUUCUUUCUGGGUCAAGGCCUGAGUGCUCUUCUACCCUGCGUGCUGGCCCUGGCCCAGGGUGUGGGCCGCCUUGAGUGCCCGUCAGCCCCCACCAAUGGCACCCCUGGCCCUCCCCACAACUUCCCAGAACGUUUUCCUGCCAGCACCUUCUUCUGGACACUGGACACCCUUCUGGUCACUUCAGCUGCUGCCUUCCAGGGUCUCCUGCUGCUGUUGCCAUUACCACCAUCCAUGACCAGAGAGGGCCCAGGGCCUGGCCUUCAGGUGGGAGCCCCAGGAGUGGAAGAGGAGGAAGAGGCCUCACCACUGCAGGAGCCACCUUUCCAGGCAGCAGGCACCACACCUGGCCCAGACCUGGAGGCCCAUCGGCUGCUGUCUGCCCGUGGUGCCUGCCUGUUGAGCCUGCUGGCCAUCACCAAUGCACUGACCAAUGGCGUGUUGCCUGCCGUGCAGAGCUUCUCCUGCUUGCCCUAUGGGCGCCUGGCCUACCACCUGGCCGCGGUGCUGGGCAGUGCCGCCAACCCCCUCGCCUGCUUCCUGGCCAUGGGCGUGCUGUGCAGGUCUCUGGCAUGGUUGGGCGGUCUCUCUCUGCUGGGCAUGCUCUUUGGGGCCUACCUGAUGGCACUGGCAGUCCUGAGCCCCUGCCCACCCCUAGUGGGCACUACUGCGGGGCUAGUUCUUGUGGUGCUGUCGUGGGUGCUGUGUCUGGGGCUGUUCUCCUACGUGAAGGUGGCCGCCAGCUCCCUGCUGCAUGGUGGAGGGCAGCGAGCAUUGCUGGCAGUUGGUGUGGCCAUCCAGGUGGGCUCCCUGCUUGGUGCUGUCACCAUGUUCCCUCCUACCAGCAUCUACCAUGUGUUCCACAGUGGGAUGGACUGUGUGGACCUGUGUGGACCCUAAACCUGGGCAGGUGGGGCCCUCACUCUGCCCCACCCACCUUCAGGCUGGGGAUGCCACAGUGCCUUAUUGCCCACUGUCCAGGGAGGCCCUCCUCACGCAGGGUCAUGAGCAUGUACACCUGCACACUCCAAAGGUGACCCUGGCACUUCAGGCCAGGGUGGAGACCACAGGGCCUGGUCCUGGGCUCCGUGCGAGUUUUACAUAGUAAAGCAUUCU